AUGAUGACCCGCACUGUCGAUGGACAGUCCUACUUCCUCAUGCUCACCGAUACGGCCGGCCAGGAAGAAUACCGCUCGCUCUGGGCAGCCUCGAAUUUACGCUCCGAUGCCUUCCUCCUCGUCUACGAUAUCACGAACCAACACAGCCUCGACGGCCUCGAAUACUUUGCCGAGAUGAUCGACAUGGAGGAGGAAAACAGAAUAGAUCAGGGCAAGGUGCCGCCAGUGAAGCUUGUUGCAGGCAACAAAUGCGAUCUGUCGGCCGCACGGGUGAUCAAGGCCGCCGAAGGGUUGGAGUGGGCGCGGAAGAGGGGCUGUGGGUUCAUGGAGACGAGUGCGAGAGAUAUGGUUAAUAUUGAGGAGACCUUUGCGCGUAAGUGA